UAAAUGCUUCCCAGUGCAGAGGACCGCCUGGUUGGUGUGGAAAGUACCGGUGGCCACAGAGGCAGUGCAGACAUGGCUUUCAGCAGCACCCAGCCUUGCUACGUGAGACCAGCCGUCCCCUUCUACGGGACAAUCAAAGGGGGUCUCCAGGACGGGCAUCAGAUCACUGUCUACGGGACCAUCCUUCACUCCACUGUAACCAGGUUCAUUGUGAACUUGCAGACUGGCCGCAGUGACAGCAACAUUGCCUUCCACUUCAACCCUCGGUUUGAAGACGGUGGGUACGUGGUCUGCAACACAAAGCAGAAAGGAUGCUGGGGGCCUGAGGAGAGGAAGAUGCAGAUGCCCUUCCAGAUGGGGGGAUCGUUUGAGCUCUGCUUCUUGGUGGAGACCUGGAGUUUCAAGGUCAUGGUGAAUGGGAGCCUCUUUGUGCAGUACUCACACCGAGUGCCCUUCCAGCAAGUGGACACCGUCUCCAUCACUGGUGCUGUGCAGCUGUCCUAUGUCAGCUUCCAGAACACCUGUGCAGCCCCCGUCCAGCCUCCCUUCUUUGGGAUACAACUCCCCCAGGUCUCCUUUCCCCUGUUCCAGCCCCCACAGCGAUUACUACAGAACUCCACAAUCCCACCUAUGGCAUACCCCGACCCAACCUACCCGAUGCCUUUCUUCACCAGCAUCCCAGGUGGGCUGUACCCCUCCAAGAGUAUCAUUGUGUCAGGCACUGUCCUGCCCAAUGCUCAGAGGUUCCACAUCAACCUGCGCUCUGGGAGUGACAUUGCCUUCCACUUGAACCCCCGUUUCAACGAGAACGUUGUGGUCCGCAACACACAGAUCAACAGCUCUUGGGGGGUCGAGGAGAGAAGCCUUCCCAGAAAUAUGCCCUUCACCCGAGGCCAGAGCUUCUCGGUGUGGAUCAUGUGUGAAGGCCACUGCUUCAAGGUGGCUGUGGAUGGUCAGCACCUGUUAGAAUACAGCCACCGCCUCAAGAACCUGCCUGCCAUCAACAAUCUGGAGGUGACAGGUGAUGUCCAGCUGACCAGUGUGCAGACAUAGGAACGCUGUCCUGAUGACACCCUGCUGCUCUCCACCGACUGGACCUUUCUUGGGGCGGCUGUCCCCUUUCCCAGCGUCCUUCAAAGAAAAAUGCUUGUUGGCACACAUGCAUGGAAUGAUUAUGCUUAUUAUAUGUAUUUGGAGACAUU